AGGAGGCGCAAUGAAAUGAGUAGAAGUGGCGCAAUGAAGAUAUUGGGAAGAGGCGCAAUAAGAAUAUUGGAAAAGGUGUAUGAGAGAUUGGGGCACAAUGAAAAUAUUAGAAAAGGUGCAUUAGAUAUUGGCGCAAUAAAAGGCUAUGAAGUGCAUCAAAAGAUUGGGCGCAAUGAAAAUAUUGGAAAAUUGGAAAAAGUAUAUGAGAGACUAUGGCGCAAUAAAAUAUUGGAAAAG